ACCCCUGUCUUGCCUUUUGACACUAAACCAUGGAACAGUCACAGCUUGUGACGCAGCGCGGGAAACAUUAAGUGCGGAGCCGAGCUCCUUGAAUGUUGCCAUCAUCUGUAGAGGGAGCAAUACUUCAGAGCCACCACACGGUCGAGCAACUUAGGAGGGACGGUCGCAUUUAACAAGUAAAAUGUCUGUCGUGGAAAAAACUGUUGAGCUGCCGGACAUUUCGGGUCCUGCCGUAGACGCCGCCUAUGAUGUAUCUGGGCGCCGUAUGGCCACCUGCGUCCCCAGCUCGUCAGGGUCCAUCGUCCAGGUGUACGAGUGCGCCUCCGGGCCAGACUCCUGGUCGCAAGUUGCAGCCUGGGAGACGGACCUUCAGGUCAACCAACUGACCUGGGCUCAUCCCGAGUACGGCAGAGUGCUGGCGGGAGGCACCACCUCUGGCAGCUUGUUGGUGUGGGGACAGGUUCCGGAGGUACAGCCCGGAGGAGGAGCGGUGCCGGGGGCUGGUGGCGGCAUUGAGGAUGCCAACGGCGGCGGAGGGGGUGCCUACUAUCAGCCGCUGGCGGAUUUGAGCUGCGGCACGGCGCCAUGCAGGGCGUUAUGCUUCGCACCCCGCCAGUCGGGCCUCCUGCUGGCGGCCCUCCUCGAUGACGGCCAUGUGGUGGUGCACGUGGCGGACGAGGUGCUGGCGCCCAGGGCAUGGAGCCUGCACAGCAAAAUACGGGCAGGUCCUCGCGACCACUGCGGCGGUCUGUGCUGGCGACCCUUCUCGCCUGGAGUGCCGCCUAUGCUGUGUGUUGGCAGUGGUCCACACGUGCUGGUGUGGCAGUAUGUGCUGGCGAUGCACUCGUGGCAGAUCGUGGCACGCAUCGAGACGGGCAACGGCCAGCACGUGUCCACGUUGCACUGGGCAACCCCGCUUGGGCGGCCAGUGGAGCUGCUGGCAGUGGGCUCGGGUCGCGAUCUCCUCAUCUACAGUCUUUCUGGCGACACCUCGGCGCUGAAGGUGGAACAGCUGGAAGCUCUGGAGCACGAUGACGCAGUUUGGAAGGUCGAGUGGGACCUGUGGGGCAACCAGGUUGCGGCGGCGACGGAGGGACAAGAGGUUCACGUUUACAAGCCUAACCUGGUUGGGGAGUGGGUGGAGCUAGCGUGGGUGCGGGGCCGGGAACCUGAGGAGCAGUAAUUUGCGAAGCGAGCCUUUCUCCGGUGCGCCAGUGUUCGGUGUUCGAAUUUUUCAAACACUCCAGUCCCUGGCUUGAAAUAGACGUGUAGGUUGACGUGUCUUGGAGUUUGCUUCCGCUGCGGGCGAUAGCUCUUCAGGGUUCGUGUGCUGCGGCUGCCAACAGCAGCCAAGUUGACCAGCAAUAAAGUGGCGAUCCAGUUUGUACGACUUUGGUUAAGACGAGCACUCUGCUUUGGGCUGAUGAGUACAUCCGUUUCCUUAUUGCGCUGCGUUGGGCUGUGUGUUGUGGGGCCUGCCUGCGGGCGUUGAUUGACCUGGCCGUAGCAGCACAGGGAAGAACGGACAGGCCAUCUGAACGUUCAGUCGCUUGCAACCUCAUCUUGGGUAUCAGGACCUUAUCCUAGGCACAGCCAGUCAACGUUGCUGGGUAAAUUUCUGGAGGGCCCAGUCGGUAAAAGGCAUCAUGUUGCCGACCUUUACCGAGAGGCAAGACAUAUACUUGGGAACGCUGUCAACCUAGUAUCGAAUUGGAAGCCCUGAUGGAAUGCCCGAAUCGCCUGAUUGAUCUUGUAAUGGGUGAAUCCGC